AUGGACGUGGUGGGAGAAAAUGAAGCCCUGCAGCAGUUCUUUGAAGGGCAAGAUGUCCACAGAGCCUUGGAGAACCCCAUGGUGGAUACAAGUAUGCUGGAAGAAUUCAUCAGUAGUGACUUAGAGUUUGGAACUUUGCAAAGCCAGUUGCCAGACUCCCCACCAGACUCUGGGUCGGAAGCAUGCUCUCCACCACAGCUCAAGACCAUCUUCAAUGAUGCUUCGUGGCCAAGUGGGCAGCAGCCUCCACUCCCAUGUCCAUCGGCUGUGGCACCCAGCAAGCUCCCCUGCAGGUUCCUGGAGACUUUUCCUGACCCUAACACCAGUGGGCAUCCCUGCAGCAUUCCCCAAGGCUCCUGUCUGAAGAAAGAUAAUACCGUGCCCCAAUGGAAUAAUUCUACAUCCUCCAGCUGUUUGGGUUUCAAUUAUUCAUACUUCCAACCAAAUGUACCUCAGAUUUCCAGUAUUUCUACAGCAUCAGGCAAAAAAAGGAAGUUAUCACAAUUACUGGGAGAUAACACUGAUCCUCCAGUCUGGUCUAACAGUUGCAGUCAAGCAACUCUUAAGGACUGUGCAGUUGACGUGCAAGAAUAUGACAGUGAUGGACAGAAUGCUGCUUUGGAAAAAUGCUAUCAAGCUCUAACAUGGCAACUGUACCAAACUUCUCAGUGGAACAGCUUAUUUAACUCUAAUUAUGAAAAACUACCUGCUGUAGAAUAUCACAUUGUCACAGACAAAGGAUUUAAUUUUUCAACAGUGGAUGAUGCCUUUGUGUGUCAGAAGAAGAAUCAUUUCCAAAUCACAGUCCAUAUUAGAAUCACUGGACAUCCGAAAUAUGUCAAAACUCAGCUAGGGAUGAAACCAAUAGAAAAGUUUUACUUGAAAGUUUUUGGAAUAAGGGUGGAGACUCCAAAUCAAACUAUUGCUAUUGAACAGUCUCAGACAGAUCGAAGCAAAAAAACUUUCCAACCUGUUAAAGUUGAUCUGCCAGGGGACCAGGUAACUAAAGUAACGUUGGGAAGGUUGCAUUUCAGUGAAACAACAGCAAAUAACAUGAGAAAAAAGGGGAAACCUAAUCCUGACCAAAGAUACUUCAUGCUGGUGGUUGGACUGUAUGCUGUCUCUCAGGAUCAAUUCUACUUGCUGUCUGCAAAUGUCUCUGAAAAGAUCAUUGUAAGGGCAUCUAACCCAGGGCAGUUUGAGAAUGAGAGUGAUGUACUGUGGCAGCGAGGACAUGUUCCAGAGACGGUAGUCUGUCACGGUCGAGUAGGAAUUAACACAGAUGCACCAGACGAAGCACUGGUUGUCUGCGGAAAUGCAAAAGUUAUGGGCAGAGUCAUGCAUCCAUCUGACAGCCGAGCAAAAGAGAAUAUCCGGGAGGUUGAUACGAAUGAGCAGUUGAGAAGAAUAACACAAAUGAGGCUGGUGGAGUAUGACUACAAGCCUGAAUUUGCAUCUGUUAUGGGAAUAAAGAAUACCCAUGAAACAGGAAUAAUAGCCCAGGAAGUGAAGGAGCUUUUACCUGAAGCUGUUAGAGAAGUUGGAGAUGUUGCUUGUAAUGAUGGAGAAAAAAUAGAAAACUUCCUCAUGGUUGACAAGGAUCAGAUCUUUAUGGAGAAUGUAGGUGCGGUAAAACAGCUUUGCAAACUAACCAACAACCUUGAAGUCAGAAUAGAAGAACUGGAACAGUGGAAUAGAAAACUGGCCAGGCUGAAACGGUUAAGCAGUGUGAAGUCCACAAUCAGCGGAGGGAGCACAGUCAGCAGGUGUAGUCGAGCCACUAGUCUUUUGCCAUCAAGAAAAUCAGCCCAGCUAAAAUCCAGCAAGGUUUGUUUAUCAAAGAGGAAAAAGUCUUGUUCCAGGAAGAUUUUCCGGGUGACUAUAAUAGCUUUGGUUGCUAUUAUGGCACUAUGUGCUUUGACAAUAUCGACCCUUUAUGUGCUUAGCCUUCAUGACAGACAUUUUGAAAAACAUCAUAUUUCCAGCACUUCCACAAGUUCUGUUGUAAUCUUUCCCUCUACCACUAAAGCAGCAUUGCAGGAAAGCACGAUUUCUCAGAGCACGCAACCCAUCAGCAGGAUUCCUGAAGUGAAUUUCUGUGACAUUUUGCCUUGUGACAAGGUCUAUUGUUGUCCAAUUCAUCAACCAAAACUCAAAUACCAAGUCUAUGAGAAAACUGAUGCAGAAGAGAAACGUAAGUUGAAAUGUGAUAUUCUGUGUGUGGGAGGAAAUCCUGAUGGAAGACCUGAUCUUGGAAAUGACUGGAUUGAUACAACAAUCAGUUCCAUACAGAUUUUGGAAACACAGCAACGCAUUGACAGUCGCUAUUGUAAAAACCCACAGUGCAGGUCUGGAAAUUACAGCUAUCUUAUUCCUGUCAGCAAGUACACACCCGUGGAUGUAGAAAUCUCACUGGAAAUCAACACCACAGAACCAUUGAUUGUAUUUCUCUGCAAAGUUACAUUUGGAAAUUAUUGCUUCUAUUAUUCUUCAAGACAAAGCAAUGGGAAAGAUUUCUUAGAAACCACACAGGGACGUCAGCAUAUUUGGACUCUGCCUGUAACUAGUUUGUAUGACAGCGCAUACUACUUCCGUGUAGCUGCACCGGGUUUUGCAAGCUGCUCAACAGAUCCUUAUUUUGCUGGAAUGUUUUUUACUGAUUACUACUUCUAUUUUUAUCGGCAGUGUAACUAA